CACUAGUAGUAACACAUCUCUAUUCGCACACGCAGAUACCAAGUCCUCCACGCUCCACGACAACCUUCCUAAACCUUGACUGCGCGAUAUUUUGCUGCAUCAGUAAAGGGUAUUUGACGAUUUAACAGAAGGAUAUAGACUUCAGACAAUAAAAGCUCACCUGCCUGUUUUGGACUCACCACGCAAGGGAUUUCGUAAUUGUUUAAUUGCAAACCAAGCCACUUCUUUAGCAAACCAUCUAUAGUUGUCGAGUCGAGGUUUGUGUUUUUGAGAUGGCAAGCACCGGGAUUCAGCUUUUAGGAUUUGCCCUUUCACUCAUCGGUGUCAUCGGGCUCAUUGUCGGAACCAUGCUUCCUCAGUGGAAGAUGUCUGCGUAUAUCGGAGACAACAUCAUCACGGCGGUAGCGUUGUAUCAGGGACUAUGGAUGUCGUGUGCUUCUCACAGCACCGGACAACUCCAAUGUAAAGUCUACGACUCGAUUCUGCAGCUUGAUAGUGCCCUCCAGGCCACCCGCGCCCUCAUGAUCGUGGGCAUCAUCGUCUCCGUCGCCGGCCUGGGCGUGGCGUGCAUGGGCAUGAAGUGCACCACCUGCGGCGCGGGCGACAAAGUCCGCAAGUCUCGCGUCGCCAUGACUGGUGGCAUCAUACUGCUGGUGGGAGCUCUGUGUGCCAUCGUAGCCUGCUCCUGGUUCGCCCACAACGUCAUCCGAGCCUUCUAUAACCCCUACACGCCUGUCAACACCAAGUUCGAGUUUGGAGCGGCCAUCUUCAUCGCCUGGGGCGGCUCCCUUCUGGACGUGCUCGGGGGGGCCAUGCUGGCCUCUUCAUGUCCCAGGAGGAAGCAGGUGUCCAAGUACCCACCCAUGAGCUCCCCCCGUGCCCCCAGCAGCACCAAGGAGUAUGUGUGAGCUUCCCCAGCAGCUUUGGCCCAAAACUGACCAGAACAAAUGCAAAGUCAAGAUGACAGAUUCCCCCCCCUAUUGGUAGGCCACGGAGCGGCGUGUGCCUUGUUACACUUUGCAUUGAGGACAGUUGGGGAUAUGCGUCACUGGAAAGAGUUAGUGGAUGUGAUUAUUGCAAUAACAGAUAGCCCCUCGACACCUUCAGCGACCACCACAGCUCUCACUCUUCUUUCAAAUGGUGUCUCUCGCCCCCUCCAAACAUUCCACAAUUGUUUACGAGUGGACCUCACAAACACAUUAUAAUUGGAUCCCCCCUCGUAUUAAUGGACAGGUUCUUAGGGCGUACGUCGGCUUGUGUCGGAGCCAAGAUGGCGUGUCUAGGCCAACAGUCGCAGCCCCCUGUGAGAAAACAGCACCGAUUAGCUUUCCCCCGUGUAAUUGAGAGUAAUCAAUUAAACUGUGGUGCUUGCAGGGGCACCUCCUACUCAACAAGCUCAGGGGUUACAGUGAUAUCUACGAAGAGGAAACUGUUCACUCGUGUUGAUGUUUUACACAGUAUUUACCAGACAUAGCCUUACCAAUAGCGCUUAGCGACAAACUAGGUGUGACUUCACACCUUGGAGAUACAGUGAUAUUGUAUUCCGGCACGGUGCCUCAUGCUAGCUCUGACUUUACAGGAUAAGGUGAAUCGCACCAGCUACUUACCACAGAAUACACACAAACACACAGUACACCCACAUACAGUACACACAUACACAGUACACACACAGAUUUCAUAGAGGGCUGUUACAAGCCCUGUCCUAAUAUGAAAUACUUCUCAACACAGUCACCCUCGCACUGCAGGUGUCUUUAAUGUCACAUGGAGUGGGUGUUGUAUUACUGUAACUCUCAACACAAGUUCCUGUUCUUUUUUAUUGUGUUUCCUUGGAUUCGAUGUUGAGAAUGUAGGACAUUUUUGUCUUGAUGUAAAAUGUAGCACUCCAACAGCAUAGCUCAAUAAUAGUGUAGCCUAGACUAUCUCUGUGGCUUCGGUUUUCGAAAAAAGUUAAUAUUAUGUGUGAGAUGUACAAGGUGAAAGUUCAACUGACUAUGUUUUUGCCUCAAUGAGAUUCUUAAAGGAACUGAGUGUUGGAAGAACUGUUGUUAAAUGAAGAUAUUUCUGAAACACUUUCUUGAGUUUUUUUAAGUACCGUGCAUCCUACAUGUUUUUGUUUUUGUCUUUUACAAUUUUUAUGACCAACCAAUUGACAUGUAUCAUGAAGGAUAGGUAUACAUUUAUUGUUGUUAUUCUCUCUCCAUAUAAUUGUUUAUGUACUGUUUAAGUGUACCCUAAAGCAACAUUUCUGGAAUAUAAAAACACAUUGCGAUAUCAAACGUG